AGCCCAGCUAAUGCGAGCUGGCUCACAUAUCCCUAAUAGCAUCGAAAGGGUUUUUAAUCGAAAGCAGCACCACAAACACAACAAUGGAGGGAAAAACCUUAAAUAAAAGAGCAGCUUCACUAAUAUCAGCCACUAGGUGAUGCUAAACAUUCAAGUCUUGUGGAAGUCUGUUAGAAGUUGAGUGAACAGAAAAGAGGAGGCGUAGAGGAGGAGCUGAAAGCUGAGCAUCUAAGUCAUUAGCUCCAAGACUAAAAAAGGCAGUUCCACAGUAUUUAUACCACAAGACAGUCUUGUUUCAUUGGAUUGGAAUAGUGCUUUCCCUUUGUCAUGGCAUCAGAUCCUUUCAGAACAGGACGAAUCUGAUGCUGGACAGACAGGGGACCAGCAACUUCUGACAGCUAGAGGAGCAAGGGCAAGCUCAGAAGAGAAAUAGGAUCCUAAAGGACUGGGAACGUCCACCUUUUCUGGAAAAUGCACUUACCAGACUGUUUUACAAGUCUCCCAGACUGAGAAGAGCAUCUUGAGUGAGCAUCUUUCCCUGCAGAGAUGAACUCAUCUGAUCAGCCCAGCAUUCCAGACCUUAACCUGACAGCUAUUGGGAGCAACCUAACAGUGCCCACUGAUAAGACUAAGUCAUCAACGUGUGAGCAAGUGGCCAUAGCAGUGGAGGUGUUUCUCGCACUUGGCAUCAUAAGCCUCCUUGAAAACAUCCUUGUCAUUUGUGCCAUAGUUAAGAACAAGAAUUUGCAUUCCCCUAUGUAUUUCUUUGUGUGCAGCUUAGCAGUUGCUGACAUGCUGGUCAGUGUGUCUAAUGCCUGGGAGACCAUAACCAUAUAUUUAUUAAACAAUAAGCAUCUCAUUAUUGAAGACGUCUUUGUACGUCACAUAGACAAUGUUUUUGAUUCCAUGAUAUGUAUAUCUGUUGUGGCUUCCAUGUGCAGCUUGCUGGCUAUAGCAGUAGACAGAUAUGUCACGAUCUUUUAUGCCCUCCGCUAUCACAAUAUCAUGACCGUGAAAAGAUCAGGGCUCAUAAUUGCGUGCAUCUGGACCUUUUGUAUUGGCUGUGGAAUCAUCUUCAUCCUUUAUUAUGAAUCAAAGUAUGUGAUCAUGUGUCUCAUCACAAUGUUUUUCACAAUGUUGUUCCUCAUGGUUUCCCUAUACAUACAUAUGUUCCUUCUGGCUCGUACGCAUGUCAAGAGGAUAGCAGCUUUGCCAGGAUAUAAUUCUGUUCAUCAAAGAACGAGCAUGAAAGGGGCCAUCACCCUCACUCUGUUGCUGGGUAUCUUCAUUGUUUGCUGGGCUCCAUUUUUCCUUCACCUCAUUCUGAUGAUUUCCUGUCCUCAGAAUCUCUACUGUGUGUGUUUUAUGUCUCACUUCAACAUGUAUCUCAUUCUCAUCAUGUGCAAUUCAGUGAUUGAUCCUCUGAUCUAUGCCUUUCGAAGUCAAGAAAUGAGAAAGACUUUUAAGGAGAUCAUCUGCUGCUAUAGUGUGAGAAUGGUCUGUGGAUUGCCCAGCAAGUAUUAGGGGAAAAUGUGCAUUUGGACUAAAACAGAUCCCAAGAAAUAACUAUACUUUGUUCUAUUUCAACUAGAGAUGCUGUAUUUUGGCGGGUGACAGUGCUCAUUUCUUGGGUAGGAUAUAAAUCGGGUUGCACUCUAACAAGCAGUGAAAAACCCGAAUUGUGUAUGAAGUGCUCCCCGAUAGCUCGCAGGGACUUUGGGGUAAAUCUGCCCAAUAUGUGAAUGAUCUGCUCCAUUCUGGAGGAGAUGUAGGCAACUUCCUGCUCCAGUUUAUUAUUCUCUUUGCUAUAUUUGCUUCCAUGACCCCCUGUCACCUGGUCAAUAAAACAUACUUUGUAUUUUGAGAAAUUCAAAACUGCCCAACCAUUUUUGAAAACCCAAGUCAUUUUUUUGGAAAGAUGCAGAGCAACUAACACAACAGUAGGUGCUGUGGUUACCAAGGAGCAAGUGAUUUCACACAACACAGAUCUGUUUCUGGAAAUUCCAGUGUUUAGAAAAAUCAUAGUUAAUUGGGGUUUAUUUCAUGACCUCUGAAAGUACACCAGGUCUUCCAGAAAAUGUGGUAGAUCUGAAAGUUAUCCUUUGUGUGACUAAUGUGUGCAUUUAUGCAUAAAAUGUAGUUGCACUUAAGUAAUAGCUCCAUAACAGUCAAUUUCUAGAAAUGUCAUCAAAAGUUUCAUGUAAGUAACUUACCUAGGGAGCAAGAGGUUGCUGGUUUGAAUCCCCGCUGGUAUGUUUUCCAGACUAUGGGAAACACUUAUAUCAGGCAGCAGUGAUAUAGGAAGAUGCUGAAAGGCAUCAUCUCAUACUGCAUGGGAGAUGGCAAUGGUAAACCCCUCCUGUAUUCUACCAAAGACCACCACAGGACUCUGUGGGUGCCAGAAGUCGAAAUUGACUUGACAGCACAACUUUACCUUACUUUAAUGCAAGAGUAGUUGGGGCAUGAUCCCGUCAACAUUUGAAAUCAGUUGAUUUCAGUUGAAGAGUUAAGUGCAUGGGAAAUCUUUCCUAUUGAAUUAAAUGGGGCUCAGUCUUCACUUGCUCUUUGGUAAUAAAAAAUGAUAUUAAGUUUCAGAAAUGAUUGCAUUUAUCAGAAUAGAAAGUACGGCAUGGAGCAGUUCCAAAGAAAAUUAGACGUGGCAAAGCACCAUUGACAUUAUGACUAACGUAAGUUCCAUUAAUUUCAAUGGGAGUUAAUCAGCACUAAUUUUCUUUGGAUAGAACUCCCUGAUCUUGAAAAAAGCCACAAACAUAGCACUGGAAAUAACAAACUUUAGAUUACAUCAAAAUCUGAACACAUGAUGAAGAAAUUUAAAUAUUCUGUGGAUCCUUGAGUAUGGCUCCCGUACCAGUAAACUCUAGGAUGACCAAAAUCCAGACUAAGGGUUGUCUGUGUGGAGUGCUUCUGUUCACGCAUGGAGGGUGGGGCAAUUUUCAGUGAUUCCCCUUCCCUUUGCAGCUGCAGAGAGAAAUAUAUUUUCAGGAGGUAUAGGGGGCUACAGAGAGGGAGGGUAGUAAAAAACCACCCCUUUCCUCCAUACAUGAACAGAAGCAUUCCCUGCCCAGGAAACCUUUAGUCAAGAUGUUGGCCAUUAUUUUUAACAGGUAUGAAAACGCUUCCAUUCAUGCAGAGAGGGACGGAGAUUUUCACCCAUCACCUCAUCCCUCUGCUGUCCCUGUGUCAGUCAAAAAUAUGUCUAGAGGGUUGAGGGACAUAUUUUUAGGAGCAGAUUUUUAGGGGGCAUGGGGGCUUGAGAGGGAAAAGGGGUUCAGUGAAAAUUACCCCUUCUUUCUUUGUGUGAAUAGAAAAUCUCUGCUUGUGGAAGUGUUAGUCUUGAAGCGUACACCAUGUGUGCUCUAAUACCAGGGAGUUCUCCACACAGAAGGCUUUACUGCAGGUUUUCUGCGAGGUUUUACUGUGAACUCGCUGUCACUUCCAAAGUGUGGCAAAAUGUUGCAGUGCCUGAUAUAAUGGAAGAAGAAAAGGGAGGUAGUAUUUGGGGUGGGCUUCUAAUUGUGUUUCUUUUCUUCAGCACUUUUGAUUAAAACAGUGAUGGAAACUUGGAAAGAAAGAUUUGGUUAAUUUAUUUGUUUUAAAAUGUGCAUAAGCAGAUUAAUAUUUUUUGGAAGGCAAAUAUCAUUCGUGAAUAUGAUGCAUGGGGCGGCAUGACACAAACACUGUGAUGGUUUAUUUUUAGUUCAUCUCAUCCUGUGAAACUGGGACUGUGGCAUCAGAUGAAUAAUAAUGUUUUGUUAUCUUCAUCCUUGGCACAUCUCAGGUGAUAGGCAACUGUUCCCAUUUUGCUCAUGAGAAACGAAGUCUGAAAUAUAAUGAUGUAUUCAAGGCAGUAUAUGGAGCUUAGAACUGAGGCAGGAUUUGAACCCAGGUGGGUUCCUAUGCUCAGGUUCAAUAUUCUGUUCACUGCACUACAACAGUGAAAUUGUUUUUUUCAGCGGAGAUGUUGAAUGAUGUCAUUUUGUUAGAUGUAACUCUUAGUUCAAUGAAUACACUUUGUUACGCUCUAAACUGAAUGGUGGUAGCAGUAUGAACUGCUUUGCACAGAUCCUUCAUGACUUUUGUUCUUACAUUAUGAAUGUAAAACUCAUAUUGGGUUGUAUAAAAAGAAAUAUGGUUUAUGUACUAUUGAAACCAAUGAGACAAGUUAACUAUGAACAAUUGAAUUCUGUUUCAGUGGGACUUUGUAACAACUAACUUACUUUGGGUGCACCCACUAUUUUUAGUAAUAUUGUGAAAAGCACAAGAUGUUACUUGUUGCAUAAAGGAUCCAUACAGUCUCCAAUGGGUAUUGCAUUUCAAAUGAUAAAUGAUACUAUUAACCUGGAAACUGAUGUAUAUAAAAUUAAAGUUGAACAAUCUUCAAGUUUGUUGAAUCAUAUAUAAUAUCAGUUUGCUCUGGAAUUUUACUUGAAAUAAAAAUGCAAGUAUUUGAGGUAACUAUUAAAUUGGUUUGAAUGGAAA